AUGCAAAACCAGAGUUUUGUAACAGAGUUUAUAUUUCUUGGACUUUCACAGAACCCUAAAGUCCAGAAAAUAGUUUUUAUUGUAUUUUUCUUCAUCUACAUUGCAACUGUUGGGGGCAACAUGAUAAUUGUGGUGACCAUUGUCUGUAGCCCAGCACUGAUUGACUCCCCUAUGUACUUCUUCUUGGCAUUCUUGUCACUACUGGAUGCAUGCUUCUCUUCUGUUAUCACACCAAAAAUGGUUGUGGACUCCCUCUAUGAAAAGAAAACCAUCUCCUUUGGCGGAUGCAUGGCACAGCUCUUUGCUGAACACUUCUUUGCUGCAGUAGAAGUGAUUGUCUUGACAGCCAUGGCCUAUGACCGUUAUGUGGCCAUUUGCAAGCCUCUUCAUUAUUCUUCCAUCAUGACGCAAAGGCUCUGUGCUGGUUUAGUGUUGGUAUCUUGGGCAGGAGGCUUUUUGCAUUCUAUCAUACAAAUUAUCUUUACUUUGCAAUUACCCUUCUGUGGACCCAAUGUCAUUGAUCAUUUCAUGUGUGACUUGUUCCCAUUACUGGAACUUGCCUGCACUGAUACACAUAUAUUCGGCUUUUUGGUGGUGGCCAACAGUGGGUCUAUCUGCAUAAUAAUCUUCUCUAUUUUACUUGUAUCCUAUGGUGUCAUCUUGUUCUCUCUUAGAGCCUAUAGCUCUGAAGGGCAAUGGAAAGCUCUCUCCACUUGUGGAUCCCACAUUGCAGUUGUGGUGCUGUUCUUUGUUCCCUGCAUAUUUAUAUACGCCCGGCCUCCAUCUGCAUUUUAUUUUGACAAAAUGGUGGCAAUAUUUUACACUAUCCUAACUCCCUUGCUCAAUCCUCUGAUUUACACUUUUAGAAAUAAGGACAUGAAAAGCUCCAUAAAGAAACUGUGGAAGAGAUUGAUGGAGGUGUCUGAUGGAGACUGA